AUGCGGGAUGCGCCAGAGCUGUCCCGCACUUCUUAUCGCACCCCGCUAUCGCGACAGACACCCUUCACACAGCACCCCUCCAUCGCCACAGACACCCCUGCAGCGUCCUUAUCCUGCCAAGGCUUCAGGCUCUGGCUGCUCCCUGGUGCUGAGCAUCUCCCUCCACAGCAACUUCCCAGGAAAACUCUUCAUGGAGCCGGGUUCCCCACGCUCUUGCCCUUGGAGAAUUCCACUCUGGACUCGGCCGAGCUUUUCUUCAACUGCUGCGACUGCUGCCCGCCCGCGGUGGGACCCCGGGGCUGGCCAGGGCCACAGGGACCCCCAGGUCCCAAGGGGGAGAAGGGAGAUGCUGGGCUGCCAGGAACUCUUGGCCCUCAAGGUCCAAAAGGCUCUAAAGGAGAAAGAGGGGAGCAAGGGGAGCGAGGAGCGAGUGGAAGCCCCGGUUAUCCUGGGAAACCUGGGCUGCAAGGUGAAGCUGGAGCCAAAGGCAAUAAGGGCAACUACGGCUUCCCUGGCCUGAAGGGACAAAAAGGAGCUAAAGGGGACACCUGUGACAAUGGCACCAAGGGAGACAAAGGGGACAGGGGGGAUCCUGGAGAGCCAGGAAUGGGCGGAGAACAGGGGGACAAGGGAGAAAAGGGGGACACGGGGGACAAGGGAUACUGUGGGGAGCCGGGGGGCAGAGGAGCCAAGGGAGACAGAGGAGAAGGGGGCACCAAGGGGGAAAAGGGCAGCAAAGGGGACACGGGCACCGAGGGCGGGCGGGGGGUGGCGGGCAAGCAGGGAGAGAAGGGCGAGCAGGGCCAGAAAGGUGACAAAGGGGACCUGGGCACGGCGGGGCCCAGCGGGCCCAAGGGCGAGCCGGGCCCCAAGGGCGGCCGAGGCGCCCCGGGCAGGAAGGGAACGCGCGGGGCCAAGGGCGGCUGUGGGGACAUCCCCAAAGCGCCACGCUCGGCCUUCAGCGCGGGGCUGUCCAGGCCCUUCCCUCCUCCCAACGUGCCCAUCAGGUUUGACAGAGUUUGGUACAACGAGCGCCGCGAUUACGACCCCGCCACGGGCAAAUUCAACUGCAGCGUGCCCGGCGCCUACGUCUUCUCGUACCACGUCACCGUGCGCGGCCGCCCGGCGCGCCUCAGCCUCGUGGCCAGCAGCAGGAGGGUGGCCAAGGCCAGGGACACCCUCUACGGCCAGGACAUCGACCAGGCCUCCUUCCUCACCAUCCUCAAGCUGAGGGCGGGCGACCAAGUGUGGCUGGAGGUUGGGAAGGACUGGAACGGGCUCUACGCCGGCGCCGAGGACGACAGCGUCUUCACGGGGUUCCUGCUCUACCCCGAUGGCUUUGAGGUCGUUCUCUGA